UACAACGAAAACGACUCCGGAAGGCACCACCGAGGUCAUUCCGAGGGGGAAACGACUUCGGUUAUCCGAUGUACAGCAAAUUGGUUAUCCGCUAUCCGGAUAACCAGAAAUUUCGAAGUAAUCCGGGGAAAUUCUGAGGCUAGUUCCCAACGCAAUGAGAAGGGAACAAAUCCAAGCGGUGCGAGACAUGAACGCCUACUUCCCCAAAGUGGUGGAGCAGCUGAAAGGGAUGGGGGACGCGUGCAACCUGAUCGGCGAGUCGGACUGGUUGGAGAAGCUACUGUACUACACCGUGCCCGGCGGCAAGAUGGUUCGCGCCGUCACCGUCUACGAAGGCAUCAUGGUUCUGGGCGGCAGGGACACCCCAGGCCUCAAGGAGAAGGCCAUGAACAUUGCCUGGAGCAUGGAGAUGGUGCAAGCGUCUAUGCUGAUCGCGGACGACAUAUCGGACGAGUCCUUCAAGAGGCGAGGCAGGGACAGCUGGCACGUGAUCGCCGGCAAGGACGCCGUGUUCGACGCCAUCCUCGUGUCGACCUGCGCGUACGCCCUGCUGGGCAUGCACUGCGACGGAGAGGCAUUCCACCGCUCGCUCAGGAACUACAACGAAAUCUUGUUCCAGAUCUGCAUGGGGCAGAAUCAAGAUAACCACUGCACAGACCCGCUACAGGGCAAGGCUAAGUUCGACGAGUUCAACAUGGACAGGUACACCAGGGUCUGUGAACACAAGAGCGGGGGCUACACUUUUUUCCUGCCCAUGAGCACGGCCUUGAAUGUGUGUGGCAUUUUUGACGAGGCUGCGCACGACGCUGCGCGGGAUAUUAGCUCGGACCUCGGUUUGCUGUACCAAGUUCAGGACGACUAUUUGGAUACUUACGGUAUUAUCAGGAAGAUGGGAAAGGGGAGAACCGAUAUUAAAAACGGGAAAUGCACGUGGAUUAUUGUCGAAGCGAUUAACCGAGCGAACGACGAGCAGCGGCAGAGGCUGAAGGAAAACUACGGCUACGAUGAUCCGAAGAAGGUGGACAAAGUAUUAGAGGUGUUCACUGAACUGAAAAUGAAGGAAGUCUUCCUCCAAUGGGAAAAGUCAAUGAUGGACAAGAUUGAGGGUAAAAUCCGCAAAUAUUCGGAUUUGGUCAAUCCAGAAGUUUUCACACAAUCCCUAGAAUCUAUUAAGUACCACAUUAACAGAUGAAAAUAAAAGUAUAAACAAUACCAAAUAUUAAAUAA